AAAUAGAUUGAGGAGGCAAGAGGAGAAAAAAAGAGAACAUACACUAUAUCGCUAUCCCUCACUGACACACCUCCUUUCCCAGUCUCCGCAUCCUCGCGGCCGCCACCCGCCACUCACUAGAACCAUGUUCCGGCAAGCAUCGCGCAUCUUUGCUCGGCCCAUCAAUCAACAGCCAAAGAUGAUGGGUCGAGCCUUCUCGACGGAUGUACCAGCCACACCCACCGUCGAUUCAACCUUCGUAGAAUCAUGGAAGAAGGUGAUACCGAACAUGGAACCGCCCAAAACUCCGUCAGCCUUUAUGAACCCUCGCCCGCCUACUCCAUCAACCAUUCCAUCUAAGCUCACUGUCAAUUUUGUGCUUCCCUAUGCAUCUGAGCUCUCCACCAAGGAGGUUGACAUGGUCAUUGUACCUGCAACAACUGGACAAAUGGGUGUUUUGCCAGGGCACGUACCCACAAUUGCAGAAUUGAAGCCCGGGGUCUUAUCAGUGCAUGAAGGAAACAAUGUUACCAAAUAUUUUGUUAGCAGUGGAUUUACAUUUAUCCAUGCAAACUCUGUUGCUGAUAUAAUUGCUAUCGAGGCUGUGCCAGUUGACCAAAUUGAUCCAAGCUUAGUUCAAAAGGGGCUAGCAGAGUUCACUCAGAAGCUCAGCUCAGCUACGACUGACUUGGAGAAAGCUGAGGCUCAGAUUGGUGUUGAUGUUCACAGUGCUCUCAACUCUGCUCUCACAGGCUAAUCGUCCUCUGCAUAUUGCCUCCAGUAUUUUUUUUUUUUCACUGUGCCUUUUUUGUGCUUCAUUGGCUAUUUACUCUUUUUUCUUCAAAAUCUUAAACUGCAUGAGCCUAUCAUCUCUUUGCCUGAUUCUCAGAAAGGUAAAUAAAGUCUUCAGAAACAAGAAGCUCAAGUCCAA